CCAAACCUGCAGCGCAUGAGAAAGCUCUUCAGUCUGAAAACACAAUAAUGGCUGCCGCCCAGCUGCUUUGUUGUGUUACUAGCCUACGACUGGAAACCGGCGUAUUAACGACUUCUGCGUCUUUGCUUUGAUACAUUUGUUACUUCAGUUGCAUCAGUAGCAUUACUGCUCCUCCACAAUGCAUUGCCAGAGGCGUUUGUGUUCAUCCGACAGACCAGUAUAACAAUUACCUCCACUCCUUCUAGCCCAAGUCAGAGCAACAAAACUGGAAGGUUCUCCUUUGACUCAACUUGUUUAUUAACUAACUGCAGCUAUGUCUGGUUCUGGUGACUUACCAGCCAUUGAGGGUUCUGGGAUGGGUGGGAUGAAGCUCCCUGUCGGAAUGACUCGACGGGCCCUCAGCUACGAUGACAACCUGGAGGCCCCCAUGUCCACGCCGCCCCAUGACAUCAGCAUCAACAACCUGUGGAGGCGGCCUGUAAUACCAGAGAGAAAGUUCUCCCAACUGGCUGAGGAGGAUGAAGGCGCCGCCGUCAAACAGGCUGCCGGGCAGGAUGGCGCCCUCUUCAAGGCACCAGCUGUGGUAAAAACUAAGGCCUCGUCCAUCAUCAUGAAUUCUCUCAUUACCAAGCACACUCAGGAAAGCAUGUACAAGUUUGAGCAGACGGCGGGUCUCACCGACACCAGUUACACUCCACACAAAGGCCUGACAGCGGAGGAGACGAGACACCACCACCGCGUCCCCGAGUCCCUCCAGAAGCUGCAGAUCCAAAGCCUGGAGGCCAAAGAAGAGAAAUCCUCCUCUGCCCAGUCCACUCCAUCCAACACGCCGCACAGCUCCCCGAAGCAGCAGCGCAGGGGCUGGUUCGGGAGUUCGGGGUCAGAGGUCAGCAUCAGCUCCUCUAACAGCAGUGUGGACAUGGCAGGAGGAGGAGCUGCAGGAGAUCCAGGCGUAGGUGGAGCGGUCGAGCGAUGGGGAGUGUUUGGGCCUCGACUUCCUGUCCAGAGUUCAGCCUCUGACGUGGGAUCAGAUGGUUCUGCUGCAGCAGGCUUUGCCAUCCAGGCGUACCGUGGAGCCCAGAAGCCGACCCCCAUGGAGGUGAUGAAGUCGCAGGCCACGCGACUGGCUGACAACCCUCACAGGGUGUCCCCGCCCAAAAUGGAGAUCCCCACAGUGGAGGGCCGGCGGCAGGGAGCGCGGCCCCACAAGCUCAAACACCGAGACAUGAACAUCCUGACGCCAUCCGGCUUCUGAGACGAACCCCAUCGCUAAGAUAUGUCCCAUGACAUGAAAACAACGCCCCAGGGUCCCUCAUUUUACUGUUCACAGUCCCUUAAUCUUUAGGUUAAACAGAUACACAAGUCUUAUUGUUUCCAAAGAAAUUCUUUUUGUGCUUGCUGCUCAUUUCAUUUUUUUAUUUUUUAUAUAUCAUUAAUAGAAUAAAUUUCAGUCAGAGCAAAAGCAUUUUAAACCCACCUGGGUUUGAUUUAUUUAUUCAGGAGGAAUUCAAAAUUAAUUGAAAUACAUUGAGUUUGUAACUUGAGAACUGUGACCAUCUAUCAUAACUGUAAGUGGUGAGCUGAACUCCAGCUGAAGGUUUUUCAGAACCAGAACUCUAAAGUUCAGAUGUUCGGCAGCUCAGACUGGGUUCAUGCUAGAGCAUAGUUAGCUCAUCUGUAAACAUGAUGUUACAUAUGUUCUUAUAUUUUCCUCAUGUUUUUGGUUUAUGACAUCUUGUUUAUUAUGUUGACUAUUUUUACCCAGCUUUUUUUGUGUGUUUUAUAAAAAAUAGUUAGCAUAAAAAAAACAUUGUUUCAUCUUUGGAUUAAUUCAUAGGCAUUUACCCUCAUUUCAUUCCUUCCUGCUUCACACUCAUGUAAUCUACUCAUUUUUUUAAAAUAUAUUUUUAGUCAAGUAUUUUCAUAAAUUAUGCAGAUAAAUGUGGUUAAAAAAGUCAAAUCACAUGUAAAAUGUAAUCCAAUUCAGCUUUAUUUAGUCUUAUUUCCAUUAAUUCUUAUGAAAUAUGACAUUAACCCCCAAUCAAACCAAAAUAACUCAGAGCAACUUUUUAUGUUAGAUGUUAUUUGUGUCACAUUUCCUGAGCAAUAUUACUGAGCAUUCGGGCUGUUACAAAUAAAAAUUGAAGUGGAAGAAUUAAUUUGGCCAAACUCAGAAAUUCUUAAAUUAUCUUCACAUAUCUGUGAGAACAAUUAGAUAUUCUCCAGUGUCGAAUGUUAACUCAGGGAAAAAAAGUAAUUUUACUCGAUUAAGAGCAUAAAUUGUGAUGAUUAAGCUGAUGUAUUUGCCGACUUGAUGUAAUCAGACAUUUGCCACAGAAAAUGCAGCAGUGGUAAAUGUUUUCUGUAUCUGAACAUCUCCAGAGUUCAGACUUGGUGCAGCUUUACUCUCACUGUUUAGGUGUUUAUCCUGGGCCUGUGUGAGGCGUUCAUGCUGAAUUCAAACCCAGAAUAUCUCUUUUUUUUUCUUGCAAAUAUUUAACAUGAAUGUAGAAGAUUUUAAGUUUUUUUGUUUGUUUUUUUGGGGAUCUCCAACAGCCCAGAUACUUUGUCAUAUUGACAGCACUCUGAGGAAAAUUCUUCUGAAUUGACAGCUAUCAAAGUCCAAAAUAAUCACUGAAAGAUUUACUGCUUGCUCCAUUUAUUGUGAUUUUUUGUUUUCAACCUUCUGAACUUUAUUGUAUUCCUGUCACUAUUUUUGCUGGGUAAAAAAAAAAAAUCACUCUUUAUGGGACCAUUGAGCCGUAACCGCUUCAUAUAAACUUUCCAACAUUUCCGCCACAAACACCUCAACAGAAAAUAAGUAAAACAUUUCUAUAUGUGCUGAUGUCGUGUGUAAAAUCAAAUCGUCUCUUUCACCUUUUGCUGUUUAAACUGUUAUAUGAAGCUUCAACUUGACAUCAGCCUACAAACACCUGCUGUUUAGUUCAGCUGAAGUUAAAAGGCGAUUAUGGUCCCAGAUGUAACAAUGCACUUUAUCCCCUGUUGAAACUGUUUUCAUUUGCCUUGUUAAUGAGGCACCAAGCAAGACGGGACGAAGAAGUCGAACCACUUAAGUGUUGAUCAAACCAACAGAGCAAAAAUAUUCCAGAUAUAUUGUAAAAGUCGUCUCAGGAAGAAUUGGCAGGCUCCUGUCCUGUGGAAGGUUAAGCUGAAUUAUUUGUUUGAUUUUUUCUCCUUUUUCAUUGUACAGAUUUAAAAUAUUUGAGCUUUACAGACAUUAUUUCAGUUAGAAAUCAAAAGACAUCCAGAGUUCAAAUUAGAGAUCUGUGCUCCCUCUAACAGGCUGCAGUGUUUAGUUUUCUGAGCUCAAAUUUCUCAUAACGAAAUUUGACAUUUUCACUAAUUGAACUCACUUUUCUCCAUUGUUUUUACUGAUGGAUGCAUUUGAAGGAUUUUGUUUUUUUACAACAUUUUUGGACUUUAAAAACUGCUGUGUGCAUUUUCUGCAUCUCACAGAAACCCUGUCACUUGUUUUUUUAUAUAUACAUUUAAGCACUUCAUAUAUUUUCUCCCUAAAUGACAAAAUAUGUCCUUCCUGCCAAGUUAUCUUAAUUCAGAUAAGUUAUUUGCUGUGCUGGUUUGCAGAUGAUGGCUAACAUUAUAUAUAAAGGUUUCUGUAAGAUUAUACGUGCAAAGUCUCUUCAUUAAGCACCUUUGACCAUAAAGUGAACCCUUGUUUUUUCUUAUUACUAUUUUCUGGUAAAAGGAGAAAAAAACCCUGAAAGUUAACCUCCUGUAACUGCUGUGGUCGUAUUCAGAUGCUGUCAUUCUGUGUGGUCACUAACUGUUGAUAUCUGAUGCAUGUACUUUCCAUUUGUUAAAGAUGGGUCCAUAGUACUUUACAGGUUCUUAGUGGUCAAUGUGACACUCUCCCUCUUUAAUCAGAACGAAGCAUCACAGUUUAAUGUUCUGUCUGUAGACGUGACUCAGUCCUGAUAGAAAGUUUCCGCCACUUCAGUGAUUUUUAUUUUACAUUUCUUUUUGAUUGUACAGUUUAGUUCACGUUGCCGGCACAGUUUGACAAUAAAUAUUUCACCCUGUGGAAAAAAG